AUGGAGGUGGAGCCCAUUUUGCGUCAAGUAUGUUCCCUCGCGCGGCACAAGACGCACGCAAAUGCCGAGACCACCUUCCAGGAGGAUGCAGACAUACCGACCCCGUCUUCCGCCGUUGUCCCUGCGACACCCUCUGCUGGAUUAGGGAUCAGUGAGCCCACACACGAAGUCGCGCGGGGCCAGCCAUACGAACUGCACAACUCUGCGACACGUAUCGUCCGUCCCGCACACCUCGCUGCGUUCCGGCGCUCGUCGCACGGGACGGACCUAGGGUUUGAGGAUCUGUCGCAAGAGUGGGCUCGUUGCCAAGCGGAGAGGCUCUGUUAUUGUCCUGUGCGCUUUGUGGGAGGAUUUGCACGAUAA